AGAAGACGUUGCAUAACUCUGGAACUCACGAAGAAGAAGUCCACAGGUAACACUCAGAGUUUGAUCUGAACUACAGAAGUAACAACGUUUGUCACGGAGCGUCUUCUUUCUACUCAGCAGGAUGUUUGUUAAAACUGUGAGCAGAGGCUACCUCAGAACCCUCUCCGGGCUCAGACAUGUCUCCGGGGGCGGACAGGUGCUCUCUGCAGCUGCUGCAAGGCUGCAGCACAGUAUGGCCCCGGACCUCGGGCAGCCGGGCCCCUCGGUGCGUCCAGAGACCUCCAGCGCCAAGUCCAUGAUGGACAUCGGCAUCCGUCGGAUCUUCACCGAGGAGCACGACAUCUUCAGACAAAGCGUCCGGCGCUUCUAUCAGGACGAAGUGGUUCCGUACCACAGGGAGUGGGAGAAGGCGGGUCAGGUGAGCAGGGAGGUGUGGUUGAAGGCUGGAGAGCAAGGCAUGCUGGGAGUAUUAAUACCAGAGGAGCAUGGCGGCGUCGGAGCAGACUUGUUUUCUGUGGCUGUCACGUGGGAGGAGCAAAUGUACGCCAACUGCUCAGGCCCGGGUUUCUCCCUGCACUCGGACGUCGCCAUGCCCUACAUCUCAAACUACGGCAGCAAAGACCAGAUUAGACGGUUCAUCCCCGACAUGACUGCUGGGAAAUGCAUCAGCGCCAUCGCCAUGACGGAGCCAGGAGCAGGAAGUGAUCUCCAAGGCGUAAAGACGUACGCUAGGAAGGACGGCAGCGACUGGAUCCUCAAUGGCAGCAAGGUGUUCAUCACGAACGGUUGGAUGGCCGACGUAGUGAUUGUGGUUGCCGUGACGAACCGCGAGGCGAAGUCAGCGGCACACGGGAUCAGUCUGUUCCUGGUGGAGGACGGCAUGCAGGGCUUCCAGAAGGGACGCAAACUAGAGAAGAUCGGUAUGAAGGCCCAGGACACCGCCGAGCUGUUCUUCGGGGAUGUGCGGCUCCCAGCCGACGCCCUCCUGGGCGAGGCCAACAAGGGCUUCUACUACCUGAUGAACGAGCUGCCGCAGGAGCGUCUGGCGAUUGCUGGCGUUGCCAUAGCGAGCUGCGAGUUCAUGUUUGAGGAAACCAGGAACUAUGUGAUGCAGAGGAAGGCGUUCGGCAAGACCGUCGCUCACCUACAGACUGUGCAACACAAGCUGGCAGAGCUGAAGACAGAGAUCUGUGUGGGCCGAACCUUCGUAGAUAACUGCCUGGUGCUCCACGCCGAGAAGCGCCUCGACGCCGCCACGGCUUCCAUGGCCAAGUACUGGGCUUCGGACCUGCAGAACAAGGUGGCGACUCAGUGCCUGCAGCUCCACGGAGGCUGGGGCUACAUAUGGGACUACCCCAUCGCCAGGGCGUUCGUGGACUCCCGCGUCCAGCCGAUCUACGGAGGAACCAACGAGAUCAUGAAGGAGCUCAUCGCCCGGCCCAUCGUCAGCCCCUAGUGGUGCUCCGGUUGGUUACUGAUGGAGGAGCACUGGGGAAGUGGAGCGGUUGCACAGGCGUUUUUUUUUCUUUGUUGACAGUUAGAAAAAAAAGUCUGAAAAAUGGGAUAAAGUAAAAACGUUUAGUGGUGAAAAGUCAGAAUGUUUAGUCAUUGAACCAGCCAAGGUUCGAGAGUGAGAAUAUGAAACUUUUGAGGAAAAAUAAUUAAUAUUUUUGUUGAUUUAGAGAACACUGAGGACAUGACAAAGGACCUGUAGAACCUGAUAAUGUAAUAAUCCGGAUAAUGUAAUAAAAAUCUGCACUUGAGUCCAUUGAAAAUGUAAUAAAACCUGAUGAUGUAAUAACUUCCCGAUAAUGUAAUAAAGUGCAUUUCCCAAUAAUGUAAUACAAUUUUUUUUUUACCAAUAAUGUAAUAAAGUAUUACAUUAAUGGAGGUUAUUACAUUAUCAGGUUAGCCUUCAUUUCCCAAGUCCUGAUAAUGUAAUAAUUCCCCAAUAUUGUAAUAAUUUAACAUUACUUGGGUUCAAGUGGUGAUACUGUGUAUCAACUCUAGCUCAGAGCUCUAGCGCCACCAACAGGUCAAAGUUGAAUGUUUAUUCACUUUUGACCCGUUCAUUCCGUUUUUCACCAACGAGGUAUCCAUGACAACCGAAUGAUUCAACAGCUUCUUGAGAUCUAAAGGUGCUUGGUGUUAUACUUUUUACAUUAUUGGUUAAAAGUGUAUUACAUUAUUGGGAAAUGCACUUUAUUACAUUAUCGGGAAGUUUUUACAUUAUCAGGUUUUAUUACAUUUUCAAUGGACUCAAGUGCAGAUUUUUAUUACAUUAUCAGGGUUAUUACAUUAUCGGGAAUUUAUUACAUUAUCAUGGUUUUCAUUUUACUGCAGUACUGCAGUCAUUGAUGCUACGGCAGAAAAAGAUCAACCGAUGUGUGCCACGUUAUAAUAUAAAAUAUAAUAGGUUUAUUGUUAUAAAACGACAUCACAUUAUAACAUCACAGUUUUCUUAUUAUAACAUACACUAUCUUGUUAUAACAUGAAACAACUCAUGUUAUAACAAUAAGUAAUCUCUUUAUAACAUAAAACGUUUUUUUAUUAUAAGGAAACUUUUCUUCUUAUGACAGUCCGUUCUAGUGCUGGAUGAUAUGGGAAAACAUCUUUUGAUGAUUUUUUCAUAUCAGUCGAUAUCGAUAUAUAUCACACUAUAAAUCAAAUCACUAUUUUUGUCAAGCUUAAAGGUUCUUUUUACUCAAGCUUAUAUUCUCUGUCGUCAUUUUCUCUCCAUCCCACUCCUAAUGUACACACACAACAAUGUCAUCAUGUUAUAACAUUAAACAUUUUGUUAUUACACUAAGUUAAUGUGUUAUAACAUUUUGUUAUUACACUAAGUUGAUGUGUUAUAACAUUAAACAUUUUAUGUUAUUACACUAAGUUGAUGUGUUAUAACAUUAAACAUUUUAUGUUAUU